AUGUCCUCGCUUCGUCUUCAAGGAAGUCGUUCAAACUCAAAUUUGGAAACGGGUCCCCCUCCCCCUCCGUUGCCAAACCCAAGGUCCAGCACCAGUGUUGACAACCCUUUCUAUGCUGGUGUUCAAAAAUACCAUCCCAAGUUCGCUGAUCUGCUUAGGGAACAUGGUAUCUUUAAAGCAAUUGGCAAGUACACUCUUCGCUUCGCCAAAGACAAUUGGGGGAUCCUCGUUUUUCUUUGUGUUCUCGCACUUGGGCUGGCGAUGCUCGGCAUUUUCGCUUUUGACGACAUCUCCUGGAAGGCAUGGGCUUCCUAUGCAAUUCUCUCAGGCACUCUGUCCUUGUUGAUAACAAACGCUCUUCCCACAGCAGUAUCGAUGCUGCUGGGUCUUACCGUCAUGCUUGUCCUCAAGAUUGUUGAGCCUGCAGAGGCUGUAGAAGGAUUUUCAAACACUGGUGUGUUGUCAGUUGCCAUUUUGUUCGUGGUCGCGGAGGGAAUUCAGAGAACCUCUAUCCUGGUGCCUAUUUUUCGUGUUUUGCUUGGCAAACCCAGGUUCCUGUGGGAGGCCCAGCUUCGGGUAAUGUUUCCCGUUGGUAUUAUCUCUGCAUUUCUGAACAACACCCCAGUCGUGGCUAUGCUUAUCCCUGUCGUGCAAUCAUGGUCUCGCCGCUCAAGCUUUGCAAUAUCGAGACUGCUUAUGCCUUUGAACAAUGCCGCCAUCCUUGGAGGCACAAUUACUCUCCUCGGUACCAGUACCAAUCUUGUGGUAGAUGGUUUGGCUCGCCAGAGUGAGUUGCUGACGGAUGACAAUGGGCAACCCACCGGAUUACCCAUCUUUGGAAUUACGCCUGUCGGAGCAAUCCUGUUUGUUGCCGGUGUAGUAUAUAUGCUUGCCACAACUCGAUUAUUGAUCCGCGACCGUGGCCAGACUGGCGUUGGUGCAAUCAUCCGGAACCCCCGCGAGUACACAGUUGCUCUACUUGUUCAGGAGCGCUCUCCAAUUGUUGGUGAUACAGUGCAGGAAGCUGGUCUACGGCAACUUCAGGGACUCUAUCUGGUUGAAGUGACUCGUGCGGAUGGCACCCUUAUCCCUGCCGUCGCUCCAGACACAAAGAUUGAAGCUGGAGACACGCUGCUUUUUGCUGGAAUCGUGGAGACCGUAACAGAGCUCUAUCACAUCCCUGGGCUUGUUCCCGCAACGGGACAGUCCCAGAAAAUGAAAAUUGAGAGACACCACAGACGUCUGGUAGAGCUUGUCAUUUCCUCAUCUUCGAUGCUGGUCGGGAAGACUGCCAAGGAAUCCAAGUUUAGGUCCCGAUUUUCAGCAGCAAUUAUUGCCGUGCACAGACAAGGAGAGCAUGUUAAGGAAAGAAUUGCGGAUAUCACCCUUCGGCCUGGGGAUACACUUUUAGUAGAAACAGGUUCCGAAUUCACACUUAGAUACGGAAAAGACUCAAACUUCGCGUUGGUUUCAGAAGUUUCUGGCUCCCAGCCUCCACGCGAAGACAAGCUCCAUAUGGCAAUCUCUGCACUGAUUGCAGUAACCAUGAUUGCUCUGGCAACGGCAGAGGUUUUGCCGUUGCUCAGCGCCGCGGCCGGUGCAUCGUUUUUGAUGAUAGCAACCGGUUGUCUAUCGAUGCGAAAUGCCGCUCGCUCGGUUGAUCUCGAAGUCAUUAUUACCAUCGCCGCCAGUUUCGGAAUCUCGAAAGGUAUGGAAAAGACUGGAGCAGCCGAACAGUUGGCCAACUUCAUUGUUAAUAUCUUUGAGCCGAUUGGCCCCAUCGGCCUGCUUUUCGGAAUCUAUAUCGGAACAGCUCUGUUAUCCUCCGUGAUUACAAACAAUGCGGCUGUUUCUCUUAUGUUUCCAGUCAUCACCAGCAUUCUGAAAAGCAAAAAGUCUAGCCAAGGUGAGACUCUCAAACUGUUGUACACGCUUAUGAUUGGAGCAUCGUCAAGCUUCUCGACACCAAUCGGAUAUCAAACCAAUUUAAUGGUUCAUGGACCUGGCGGAUACACUUUCAUGGACUGGGUUAUUUUUGGGGUGCCUCUGCAACUAAUUCUUGGUGUAGUAGGGGUAUUUACCAUUAAUGCUCUGUCAUUCAAGGCGUAG